AUGUGCCCAUGGAGAAAAGUGGCUAUAUUUUUUGUGCUUACGCUAACCUUUUUGGAGGGCAGGAAGAUAACGCUGCAGGAUAUACGUGAUAACCAUGUUUCCACGGGCAAUCGAUCGGAAAGAUUUUUGUUCGACAACAUCUUCGGCUUAGAAGUACCUCUUUUGGAGGAGCAGAGCGUUGAAGAUGACGAGGAUGAUACUGUGGUUAAGACUUGUUCCUGCGAAUGCGGCAGAGCGAACCCACUUCCUAGAAAGCUAGAGUGCGGCGGUCCGAACCAGGAGAACCGCAUAGUGGGCGGAAUGCCAGCCGGUAUCAACCGGUACCCUUGGAUGGCGAGGCUUGUAUACGACGGCCAGUUCCACUGCGGGGCAUCGCUACUGUCCAAGGAGUAUGUUUUGACAGCGGCGCAUUGUGUAAGAAAGCUCAAACGAUCCAAAAUCCGAGUAAUUCUGGGCGACCACGAUCAAACGGUGACGACGGAAAGCGCUGCUAUAAUGAGAGCCGUCACAGCAAUCGUCCGACACCGCAGCUUUGACGCCGACUCAUAUAACAACGACAUCGCUCUGCUGAAGUUGCGCAAACCUGUCAACUUCUCCAAGAUCAUCAAACCUGUAUGUUUACCUCCAGCAAGUGCCGAGCCAACAGGUAAAGAAGGUAUCGUUGUCGGAUGGGGACGUACUUCAGAAGGUGGUGUUCUGCCUGCCGUGGUACAAGAAGUUAGGGUGCCUAUCCUAUCACUGACGCAGUGUCGCGGAAUGAAGUACAGGGCAACACGAAUCACUAACAACAUGCUUUGCGCGGGCAAACCUUCCAUUGACUCUUGCCAAGGUGACAGUGGCGGCCCCUUGCUUUUACAAAACGGAGACAAGUUUCAAAUCGUAGGAAUAGUAUCAUGGGGUGUUGGAUGUGGUAGACCUGGGUACCCCGGAGUUUACACCCGGAUAACACGAUACUUGCCCUGGUUAAGGGCGAAUCUGCGUGACACAUGCCUGUGCGACAGCUAA